AGAUAUCAAGUGAAACUUCUAAAACCUUAGACCACCCGCAUCGGGAGUUUAUGAGAGAGUCAUGGGCUCGGUAUCAUAGGCCUUAUCGAUUAAAAGAAAUGAAUAAAUGGGUUUUAACCCGUGAACCGGGUCUUCCAAGUGAGCCCGUAUGAUACGGGGUCAUGCCACGCGGCGCAGAGGGAGUGGCUACGCGAUCGCGCGGGUUGACUGCGAAAAAAUGGGUUUCGCGUGAAAGACCCCAUUUUCCCUGCUCUCUUCGAAAUCUAGGGUUUCUCCGUCUGUGAAGCGAUUUCGUGUCGGGGUCCAGAGCCGGAGAUUUUGUCGAUCAAUUCGUCGUCGGAGUCACUCGUAAACGCUCUCAGGUGAGUCUCAAUCACUCCGAGGACGAGAUAGCUUCGAUUUGAUCUCGAGAGGUUUCUAGGUUAAGGAAGUCGAUUUGGGGGUUUCGUCUUAGGGUGGGAAAUCGAGAAGGGGUUUUCGAUUUCUUGGUCAAAAUCGACAUACGGUUUCUUUUUAGGGUUCGUUUAUCAUGGAUUUCAUUUCGAUUUGGGGGUUUCGUGUAAGGGUUCAUGCAUGAUAGGAUUAGAGCUUUGAACCGAAUUUUUGACAUAGCAAUAUAGAUAGCAUCAAUGGUUACUAGUCGAUUAACAGCUUCAGUAUGCUUUCUUGAAUGGAAAAACAAACCACAUUUUUGAUUUCUAUAGUUAUGUGGUCUUGUGUGGUCUAUAGUAGUUUGAUGCCAUUUUUUUAAAUUGGAACUCGAUUAAUACAUGUAAUUGGAACUCGAUUGUUGCAGAUGGAAACUCCCCGAGAACCUCAUUUCUUCAAGCCUCUUCUUCCUGGUUUUCAAAGUGGCGUCGCAAUACCACUUGACUUCUACUCAAAACACAUACAAGGGGCUGAGAUCAAUAAACCAUGGAAGCUAAGAUCGGACGCUUCGGAUCAAAUCUGGAAGGUCAUCCGAGAAGGCAGGACACUCACGAAAGGUUGGAAAGAGUUCACCGAAGCACAUGAUCUUCGAAUCGGUGACAUUGUCAUCUUCAAACACGAAGGAGACAUGGUCUUUCAUGUGACUCCUUUUGGUCCUAGCUGUUGUGAGAUUCAGUUUACAAAUCCUCACAUCGCUAAGGAAGAAGCCGACGCGGAUGAUGCUCAUACUUUCUCAUACGACUACUGCUUCUUGGCUGAGGUUACUCCUACAAAUCAAAAGGACGACAAAAUGUUUCUUCCUGUGGAAGCUAUGAGGUGUGGUGCUUUGAACCAACAAUGCAAAGAGGUCAAACUUGUCAACAAGGAGGGAAAGUCAUGGACUGCGCGCUUCGGAUUUAGCGAAUCAGACGGUGCAUAUUACAUCAGCAGAGGGUGGAGAAAGUUCUGUCGUGAUAACAGAUGCACCAACGGAGAUUUGUUUGUGUUCAACGUGGUUGGAGACGGGACGACAACUCCAUUACUGUGUGUAUGUCCGGAAAGGAAGGAGUGUACUGAACUACUGAUCAAGCACUUCAGCAGAAUCGAUGGUAGCAUUGCUUCUACCUCACGAAAUUAGAUGGCUCUUUUGCGGUCUUUCCUCUCUAUCAUCUUAACUUGUUUCUUUUUGUUUCAUUAGCAACUUAUCAACUUAUGUAUUUCGCUUUGUAAAACUUGAAUGGUUUUUCUAUGUGAACUUUUAUCCUAAGUUAAACAUUCUCGAACUUAA